AUGCAGAUCGACCCGGCUGCCCUGAGUCAAACGGAGCCUGCCUCAACCGCAAUUUCAUCCUCAUCCAAGAAUGCGGCUCCCAGCGCUUCGGCGACUCAGAAGUCGACCAAGGCGCUGAUUUCCGUUCCGCGCUUGGACCUCGAACCCAUCUACACGGAGCUGAAGGCUGCUAUCGGCGACAAUUGGGCUGAGUAUAAAGAGGCCACCACGCUCUUCCUACUAGGGCAGCUGAACCAGAGCGAAGUCUCGGCGCGCGUCGACCAUAUCAUAUGCGCGGAUCAGAAAACCGAGCAUCUCCACAACAAUUUCAUAUGCGCGGUCAUUGGUAACCUAACCAGAGACCUUCCGGAUCAUGGCGUUGCGAGCUGGGUGUCGGCCAACGAUAAACCGUCGGUGGUGUCGAAGCCGACCUCGGGGGACGCGGCGGAACAGAGGCUCAAGACCGAAGUCAUGCAAUUGCCGCCCCGUGACCGCCGAAGGCUCAAAGCGAUUCCAGAGCGCGAUCCUAAUGAACUUGGACCCAACGAACUGGAGGAUUAUCAUUUGGCGAAACAGAUUAAAUUGCCCAGCCAGGUACCAGCAAGUGCCGGUGGCUUGAAUAAGACGAAUUGGGAACUGGAAAUUCGAAAACGUUAUGCGCAACCUCUGGCAUCGGAAACGGGCGAGUUCCCAGAUGCCGAGUCUAUACAUGCCCGUAUGAUCCCGAUCUGUUACGAGGAGUCGAUCGUCAGCGGUGCGGGUUUUCCCUGUGCCGAGUUCAUGGCAAUCGCUACCGAAACGUUCGUGAAAGAAGUCCUUUCCGUGGUUUUCUCACGCACCCGAUCCAAUGGCCCCUCCGGCACCAUUAACGGCAUGAUGAUGCGGAAAUACCGACAGCAGCUUGAACGUGAAGAGUUGGCAUUUACACGAGGCGAGAUCGUCAAAGACGCCGCUACUGGUUUGCUUCCCGUGGAGGCAAAGGAGGCGAGCAUCCGAAAGCCUUUAGGGGUCCGGGAUCUCCGGCUGGCUCUAGAACUCGGAGGUGGGGUCCUCAGCCAUAUGCCUUUGAUUGUCGAUCAGAUCAUGGGCGGCUAUCUCGAGGACGAGCUCGAAACCGACAAACAAGACCGAGGCGACGAGGUGGCCGAGGCAACCCAUGACGACACGAGGCCGAAUAACUAUACCGACGACAUGGACCUGGACGACGUGGAUUCCGACUGGGAAGGGGGAACAGUGGCAGAUCACAACCAAUUAGGCGCUCUGCUCGACGACUGUCUCUCUAUUGCCGCGUGA